AUGUGUAAUACUCAUCAUGUGUUGCCAGGUGAAAUACCCAAAGAGAUAAGAAAUCUCAUGGAGUUAAGGAUCCUUGAUCUUUAUUUUAAUAGCUUUAGUGGUUCACUUCCAAUGGAAAUCUUCAACAUGUCAAGGCUGAAAGAAGUUUAUCUUGGAGACAACAAUCUUGUUGGGUCUAUACCUCAUUCAAUCUCCAAUUGUUCAAAACAUACCUUAUUAGAUCUUUCAUACAACAAACUCACUAGUUUGAUUCCCAACUCCCUUGGAUAUCUUACUCAUCUACAGGUCUUAAACUUGGUGGCAAAUAAUUUAACCAGUGACUCAUCAUUUAGUUUCUUGACCUCCUUAACCAAUUGCAGAAAAAUAACAACUCUUUUUCUAGAUUUGAACCCUCUAGAUGGUAUGCUUCCAGUCUCUAUAGGAAACUUCUCCACAUCUCUUCUAAAAUUUUAUGCCCAAAGUUGCAAAAUCAAUGGACAAAUUCCAAAUGAAGUUGGGAACUUAAGCAGCUUAUUAUCCCUUGAUAUUUCUGAAAACAACUUGGUUGGAUCGAUUCCCACAUCAAUUGGCAACUUGACAAACCUUCAGGUCUUGAACUUGAGUGAAAACUCUCUUACAGGAGUUAUUGGAGAUAAUGUAUGUAAAUUGCAGAGAUUGGGUAACAUUUACUUUGGUCAAAAUCAACUUUCAGGAUCUCUUCCAAAUUGUUUAGGGAACGUUACUUCGCUUAGAGAGAUACAUUUGCGUUCCAAUAAAUUGAAUUCCAAUAUACCAACAAGCAUAGGGAAUCUUAAAGAUCUUGUCGUUCUUGACUUAUCGUCAAACAACAUGGGUGGCUCUUUGCCUGCAGAAAUUGGAAAUCUAAAGGUUGCAAUACAAAUGGAUCUGUCAAUGAAUCAAUUCUCAAAUGGAAUUCCUAGAGAAAUUGGAGGAUUACAAAAUCUGCAGAAACUUUCUUUGAGACACAACAAGUUGCAAGGAUCUAUACCUGACUCAAUGAGCAACAUGAUAGGUUUGGAAUUUUUAGACGUUUCUCAUAACAAUAUAACGGGAAUCAUUCCGAAAUCCCUGGAGAAACUUCAAAAUCUCAAGUAUUUCAAUGUUUCUAUCAACAAAUUGUAUGGUGAAAUACCCUCAGGAAGUCCUUUCAAGAACCUUUCGAGUCAGUUUUUCAUUUACAAUGAAGCAUUGUGUGGUUCUUUGAGAUUUAAUGUCCCACCAUGCCCCACUUCAUCAAAGCAUAGAUCAAAUGGGAAAAAAUUGCUAGUUCUAUUUCUUAUGAUGGGAAUUGCACUUGCAUUUGUUCCUAUUUCCCUUGUGCUCGUAUGGAUAAAGUAUAGAGGAGGUAAAAGAGCACCUCAAUAAGCUGAUUCAUUGUCUACCGCAA